CCGACAUCAAAAGUUCGAUCGGCCGGAAACUGAGCAUUUCGCAUACGGAGCAGCUCAACCUUCUAAUUUAGCAUAAUUCAAAAUGAUUGUUCGACAAUUAUGCAUGCGGCAGAGCCGCCAAUUUGCUCUCAACCGACAGACUCGCAUCUUGAGCCGAUUCUCCUCGACAGGAACUCCUGUCGAAACCGCAGAAGAAACCCCCGCAAAAGAAGUAACGCAGCAGCCGGCUUCAUCUGCCAGCACCGUGAAUGAGUCAGGAUCAGUAGUAUUGUCAGCCAAGGAGGCGUGGCACAAGCGCGAAGUGCAAAGACAUAAAUUUCACGCCCUCGGUAGUGAUGUAGCAGUCGCGUACCAACCAGAAGAUCUGAUCCGAAAUCCCCCUCGACCCUCCGAUAUCACCCUCGAAUUGCUCCUCGCAUCUCAAACACACCUCGGCCAUUCUACUUCUCGCUGGAACCCGCAGAACUCGCGCUAUAUCUUUGGUAUUCGAGAAGGUGUUCAUAUUAUUUCGCUCGAUAUAACUGCAGCGCACUUGCGGCGUGCAGCCAAGGUUGUGGAAGAGGUUGCUGCCCGAGGUGGAUUGAUUCUUUUCGUCGGCACACGAAAGGGCCAGAAACGGGCAGUUGUCCGGGCUGCGGAGCUGGCCAAAGGCUACCACAUUUUUGAGCGUUGGAUUCCUGGCAGCUUGACCAACGGACAACAGAUCUUGGGCCAUUGCGAUACUAAGGUGGUAAAUGCGUUUGACGAAGAAUUGCCGGAAUUCAAGGAUCUUCGGACGGAUCAGCCGGCCAUCAAGCCGGACCUUGUGGUGUGCUUCAAUCCUGUUGAGAAUGUUGUUUUGCUGCACGAGUGCGGCUUGAACAAUGUUCCAACCAUCGGCAUCAUUGAUACGGAUGCCGACCCAACUCAAGUGACUUACCCCAUUCCUGCGAAUGACGACAGUUUGCGUUCCGUGGCUGUCAUUGCUGGUGUUCUGGGAAGGGCCGGAGAGGCAGGCCAAAAACGGAGACUGGAGGAGGCGAAGAAGGGCAAGAUCACACACAGACUCCCUACACUGAAGGAGCUCGGCAUCAAGCUUUCAGAGAAUGUGACUGAGACCGCCGAAAACAAGCAAUGAUGUAUGUUGACUCCUAGUGAGGUUUUGUUAUUUCAUACCCAAAGUUCAGCAUUUCGAUCGACUGAGGGAUUGUACUGUAUAGAGCUAUGUAAAGCUUUCUCGCUUCCUGGUGCGAUCAUCUGUAUUAACAGCUUCAAUUCAAGUCAACUUUCUGGAGAUCUUCCUUUAUAGCGUCUCAAGAAAGCGGCCAUAUUAAUACGGAUCCAUAUCUUCUUCGGUAUCCAGUUCAGCCGGGUGUUCAACCGCGAAAUUUUGAAGCAAUAUCUUCAAGAAGGUCGAUCUUAAUUCUCUUAAAACUAUUCUAUCUUUCUAUUCUGCAACG